AGAACUGUUGACAGGCACUUGCAUGUCCGAGCUGAUGAGUAAGUCGCAGACAAACGAAAUGAGCAUGAUUUUGAGUUUCUGGUAACUUUGCUGCUCUCUUCACAUUCCGACUCCACCUUGAAUCGUCGAGACAAAACAGCAGAGCCAUGGCUAAUAUUCAGAUCCGGAAAUUUCGGGAUGACGACGCCGAGGCAGUGAAGGAGAUCUUCACCCUGGGGAUGAGCGAGCACGUGCCUUCGUCCUUCAUGCACCUUCUGAAACAGCCGCUGACCCAGAUGGUGCUCAUGUGCAUGUUCUGCGCUCUCAUGACCAGCUCCAAGUCCUUCCUGCUUCCCAUCCUGGCCGUCACCCUGUCCCUGGCCGGAGCCCGGCAGUUUGUCGUCUACAUGUUCAACAGAUACAUCGAGACCUCCCUGAGGAAGGACCUCAACGACAUCAGUGAGACCUACCUGAAGCAGAAGGACUCGUGUUUUUGGGUGGCUGAAAGCGACGGCCGGGUGGUCGGCACGGUGGCGUGCCUCCCUGCUGAGAAUGCGCCUGAGUGCUUGGAGCUGAAACGCAUGUCUGUGUGCCGCAGUCACCGCGGGAUGGGCAUCGCUAAGGCUCUGUGUCGGACAGUGGGUGAUUUUACUCGUGACAGGGGUUACGCAGCAGUCGUCCUGUACACGUCUGUGGUGCAGACAGAUGCUCAGAAGCUGUAUGAGCACAUGGGCUACGAGAAGAUAAGAGAGUUUGUUGUUCCUGAGGUUCCUGCCAAAAUCAUGAACUUCACUCUGUUUGAGUACAGACUGGAUUUACACAGAGACGGGAAAAGGGGAUUGAAACUGACAUAAAGACUUUGUGAGAUUCCAUGGCAACUGUAUCUUCCAUUCAUUCAGUUUAAGUUUUCCCAGCAUGCAUUGCACUUGCGGCAACUAAACACUCAGGACGACACAGUGCCCACAUGAGGAACUGUUUUUUCCACACACUUGCAGUACAAGGUCAGGCUUGUUUUCUCUUGUUACACAUACACAAAUAUUCAUUAUUGUUUUCGGAACGUGUCUUUAAAAUAUAACAUGUAAUAUUAGUUUAGGAAAGUCUGCGAUGUCCAUGGUUUCUGUUGAUUGAGCUUCUUGAAAGUCCUUUGAUUAUUUCAGUUUGUGAAAAAUUCCAUUAGUUUUUACAUGAUGCUUCAAAUAAAAUCAUAAGUCUCAA